CAUUAUAGUUUUGAAAUUGAUUAUGAAAAUGACCAGUUCCUUCUCGAUGGUAAACCUUUUCGAUAUAUCGCUGGAAGCUUUCAUUAUUUUAGGGUUCCAAAACAAUAUUGGAAGAGUAUAUUUAGAAAAAUAAGAGCAGCCGGAUUAAAUGCUGUUACUACUUAUGUUGAAUGGAGUACACACGAACCUGAGCCUAAUAAAUGGAUAUGGGAUGGAGAAGCUGAUAUUGUCGAAUUUAUUAAAAUGGCACAAGAAGAAGAUUUAUUUGUAAUUUUGCGACCUGGUCCAUACAUUUGCGGUGAAAGAGAUUUUGGAGGUUUACCAUAUUGGUUAUUAUCACUUAACCCAGAUAUCAAAUUACGUACAAAUGAUGAACGUUUUAUCUUCCAUGCGGAAAGAUAUUUAAACAGAAUUUUGAAUAAAAUUAAACCACUCUUAAUAAUAAAUGGUGGACCUAUAAUUAUGUUACAAAUAGAAAACGAGUAUGGAAGUUUAGAUAUUUGCAAUAAUGAAUACAAGAAAAAACUUUAUGAAAUAUUUUAUCAACAUGUUGGAAAAGAUAUUGUUUUAUUUACAGUAGAUGGUCUAACUGCAGAAAAAUUGAAAUGUGGAGCCAUACCUGGAAUUUAUCAAAUAAUUGAUUUUGGAGCUAAUCAAAAUGUAGAACAACAAUUUAAAUUGAUGAGAGAAUUUAGUCCAAAGGGUCCUUUAGUGAAUGGUGAAUAUUACACUGGAUGGCUUGCACACUGGAAUGAAUCUUUUCCUAGAAUUUGUACUAAUUUAAUUCUACGAAAUUUUGAGAAAAUGUUAUCAUACAAUGCUUCACUUAAUUUAUACAUGUUUUACGGAGGAACAAAUUACGGCUUCACAUCUGGUGCAAAUUUCAACAAUGGUUUCUUACCACAAAUAACUUCAUACGAUUAUGAUGCUCCACUUAACGAAGCUGGUGAUCCAACUCCGAAAUACUUUAAAAUAAGAAAUGUAAUAUCAAAGUACCAACAGUUACCGGAUUUAGAAAUUCCAACUGCAUCAAUAAAAAAAAAUUAUGGAAUUGUAUACAUGAUACCAAUGCUCGAUCUGUUUACUGCUGAAAGUCGACAAAUUUUCGGCAUUUUCAAAGGAACUUUUAACAAGCCACCUACAUUUGAAUCGCUACAACUGCCUCAUUGGUUAGUUUUGUAUGAGCUUGAUUCAAUACCGUUUAAAAAUUUUAAAAAUUCAUAUUUAUCAGCUGCAGUUAACGAUAGAGCUUUAGUGUAUAUAAAUGAUAAACUGUCUGGGCUUUUAAGUAGAUCAUUUAAAAAUUGUACUUUACUUGUAACAGAAAAUGAAAUAAAAUCAAUGAAACUUCUCGUGGAAAAUCAAGGUCAUAUAAAUUUUGGAAAAUUCUAUAUUCAAGAUUUUAAGGGAAUCUCAAAUGUGUCAUUAAAUAAUAUCAAACUGAGUCCUUGGAAAGUCACAGGUUUUAAAUUAACUUCUGUAGUAGAAAAAUCAUUUAAUUCUAGAAACACAAAUAAUCAAACUGGAUUAUUAUACGAUGGACCACAAUUUCUUAUAGGAUAUUUUGAAGUCACAGAUCAACCUCACGAUACUUUUUUGAAUACAGAAAAUUGGGGGAAAGGAGUUGCUUAUAUGAAUGGUCAAAACCUGGGAAGAUAUUGGCCUACAGCUGGGCCACAAUUAACUUUAUAUGUUCCAGCACCAUUUUUGAAGAAAGGAAAAAAUUGUCUUAUCUUAUUAGAACUUGAAUAUAUUCCUAGUAAUCGAACAAUAAAAUUUCAAGUUGAACCUAUUUUAGGUUAGUAUUAUCUGUAUGAUGAGAACAUUGAUCUAUUAUAAUUUAUAAUAA